CAAAGGCUGAUGAGACCGGCUCAGAGCGGGGUCCUGUCAGUGUCACCUCGGACAACAUGGCGGCUGUGAGGAGUAUCGGAGCUCUGGUCCGACUGGGCGGAAAGACAGGCUUCACCUGCCGAUCGCUGUCCGUGUCGUCUGCCAUGCUCUCAAGAACGCACGUGAGCUACGAAGUUAAACAAGAUGUCGCCGUUGUCCGAUUCAACACCCCAAAUUCUAAGGUGAACACGCUGUCCAAGCAGCUGCAGAGCGAAUUCAGCGACGUCAUGAAGGAAAUCUGGGCCAACGAUGCUGUGAAAAGUGCCGUCCUGAUCUCCAGCAAACCCGGCUGCUUCAUUGCCGGGGCCGACAUCAAGUGAGAGG